AUGGCGUCACCCAGACCAGCUGCAGCUGCAGGAUCAACUCAGCCUUUGACACCACCAGACGACCAUUCCUCAUCCGCCAACCCGACCAUCUCAUCACAGAACGCCGCACCCACCCAAGCUGAGCCCAUUAUGCCAUCAGUACCAGCAACCUCACUAAAUGACUCUGGGAAAUGGAGACGCCCACGCGAUGCGCGCCUCAUACACAUGCUACUAGCCUCCCUCGGCGUAACCGCAUACCAGGAACGUGUACCCUUACAACUCCUCGACUUCGCAUACCGCUACACAUCAUCUACACUCCAAGAUGCUGCUCAUCUUGCCAUGGAAGGCUACGCGGGAGUCCCAACUGGUCCUGGAGAAACGAACGUGUCGACCGGUAAUGGACGAGGCGUGGUUGAACUGAACACCAUCACACUCCAAGCGUUACGACUGAAUGUCGCUACGGAGAGAAACCGAAUUGCGCUUCCUGGUGUUGCGCGCGGUGGAGAAACGGCGACGAAGAAUCCGUUUUCGAAUGUUUCUAUGGGUGGAAUGAGGCUCCCUCCUGAGAGGUUCUGUCUUACGGGUACAGGGUGGAAUUUGAAGGAGGAGUGGGAGAGUGAAGGCGAAGAAGACGUGGACGAAACCGAGCCGACGGCGACGCUACCUAACGCGACGCAGAAUGAACACCAAGAAGCAGACGCAGAUGAAGAUGGGAUGGAGGACGAUGACGAAGAUGGAAGAAUGGAAGACAUAUUUGGCGAAGAUAUGAACAUGAAAGAGGGUGAUGACGAUGAGAAUAUGGAGGAUGCUUAA